AUGGAAGCCACGCCUCUUGAGCGUCGGGCGCUUCAGAGCUUCGACGACUUGCUGACACGUGAAGAAGUGUUCUGGAAGGACACGCCGCCACAUCUCGUCAAAGGCUCGCCCUUCGAUUUCGAGUUCCGCGUGGCACCCUCCUUCAAGAGCAAGCCCAUACUUGCUGCCGAUGCGAAAGGUCGAUCAGAAGACACCGAUGCCUUCGGCGAUGACGAUCCAGCGUUCACCGUUAGCACCAUCGGCUCACAUCACAAGCUGAUCUUGAACAAGUUCUGUGUUGUACGACCGCAAUUUGUCCUGCACACGAAAGACUUCGAAAAGCAGAGUGACCCUUUGACGUAUUCAGACGUCAACGCGCUAAGGCAGACUAUGCAGGAACUGGGCCCAGGCAAGUACAUCGGCAUCUUCAACUGUGGUGCGAAAGCAGGCUCAAGUAUUGGGCAUAAGCACAUGCAGGUGUUUCCUACGUCCGACCAUGUCCUCUUCCAGGACCAUCUCGUAUCACAGCAUCGGGCUGAUGACAGUUCUACCGAAAUCUGGAGACAUCCCAAGGUCCCUUACGAACAUGCAAUACUGCCUAUUACUCAUUCCACGUCACCAGAUGCCAUACACAAGCUGUAUCUGGAGCUCCGACAGAAUAUGCGGCUAGAUCAAGACUAUCCACACAAUGUCAUAAUGACCAGCACCUCGAUUGCCAUCAUUCCGCGGACUCAAGCUCGAAUCAGAUGCAUGGCUGCAAAUGCUGCCAGUAUGGUCGGCAUGGUCUGGGUGAAGACCGAGGACGAGCUCAACGCAUGGAAAGAGUACGGACCGAUGAAAGUGCUUGCCGAAGUCGGGCUGCCACGUUCAAUUCCAUGA